AUGUUUAAGAAAUAUGCAAUGGAUCUUAAGCCAAGAUCCCUCACUUAUUAUUCAAUCUUUGUGGAGACAUCUGCUUUGGAAGCUUUGAAUGUGGAGGAUGCUUUCACUCAGCUUCUUUCUCAGAUAUACCGUGUCCGUGUGGCUAGUAAGAAGGCUUUGGAUGUUGGAGAUGAUGAUUCGGCUACUCUAUAG